GCGGCCAGUCUAGCAGCGGGCUGGCGGCCGGGCGGGGACCUGGCCGGGGACCGGCGGCGCGCGGCGGCCGAGGCCCAGCUCCAGGACGUGCGCCCCGAGCCCGGGAGGCAUGCUGAGGCCAGGCUGCCGGCAGGAUGAGUGUGAACGAGGCGGGCAGCGCCGGCCGCCGGGGGCAGGCGGCUUACCACCUGCACAUCUACCCGCAGCUGGCCACCAGCGAGAGCCAGGCACCACCCCUGGCCUCAUGCCGCGUGCCGGCCACCAAGGACAGCACCACGUCCGACGUCAUCCAGGACGCCAUCGCCCGCCUGCAGCUGGACGGCAGCAAGCGCUACGUGCUGGUGGAGGUCAAGGAGACGGGCGGGGAGGAGUGGGUGCUGGACGCCAGCGACUCGCCCGUGCACCGCGUGCUGCUGUGGCCGCGGCGGGCGCACGACGAGCACCCGCGGGAGGACGGCUACUACUUCCUGCUGCAGGAGCGCGACCCCGACGGCACCAUCAAGUACUUGCACAUGCAGCUUGCGUCCCAGGCCACGGCCACUCGGCGCCUGGUGGAGCGCGGCCUCCUGCCCCGGCCACAGGCGGACUUUGACGACCUGUGCAACCUCCCCGAGCUGACGGAGGAGAACCUCCUGAAGAACCUCAGGCACCGCUUCCUACAGCGGAAGAUCUACACGUACGCCGGCAGCAUCCUUGUAGCCGUCAACCCCUUCAAGUUCCUCCCCAUCUACAACCCGAAGUACGUGAAGAUGUACGAGAACCAGCAGCUGGGCAAGCUGGAGCCUCACGUGUUUGCGCUGGCCGACGUGGCCUACUACUCCAUGCUCCGGAAGCACGUCAACCAGUGCAUCGUCAUCUCGGGCGAGAGCGGCUCGGGCAAGACGCAGAGCACCAACUUCCUGAUCCACUGCCUCACCGCCCUGAGCCAGAAGGGCUAUGCCAGCGGCGUCGAGAGGACCAUCCUCGGCGCUGGCCCCGUGCUGGAGGCUUUUGGAAAUGCUAAAACAGCUCACAACAACAAUUCCAGCCGAUUUGGGAAAUUCAUCCAGGUCAACUACCUGGAGAGCGGCAUCGUGAGAGGAGCGGUUGUCGAAAAGUACCUGCUUGAAAAGUCUCGCCUGGUCUCUCAGGAGAAGGAUGAGAGGAACUACCACGUGUUUUAUUAUUUGUUACUUGGCGUCAGCGAGGAAGAGCGUCGGGAAUUUCAGCUCAAGCAGCCUGAAGAUUAUUUCUACCUCAACCAGCAUAACUUGAAGAUCGAGGACGGAGAGGACCUGAAGCACGACUUUGAAAGACUCAAGCAGGCCAUGGAGAUGGUGGGCUUCCUUCCUGCCACCAAGAAGCAGAUUUUUUCCAUCCUCUCGGCCAUCUUGUACCUAGGCAACAUCAAUUACAGGAAGAGAGCCACGGGCCGAGACGAAGGCCUGGAGGUUGGGCCCCCCGAGGCGCUGGACACGCUGUCGCAGCUCCUGAAGGUGAAGCGGGAAAUCUUAGUGGAAGUUCUGACCAAAAGAAAAACAGUGACCUCCAAUGACAAGCUCAUCCUUCCCUAUAGUCUCAGCGAGGCCAUCACCGCCCGUGACUCCAUGGCCAAGUCACUGUACAGCGCGCUGUUCGAUUGGAUUGUGCUGCGGAUCAACCACGCUCUCCUCAACAAGAAGGACAUGGAGGAGUCUGUCUCGUGCCUGUCUAUCGGAGUCCUCGACAUCUUUGGGUUUGAAGACUUUGAGAGGAACAGUUUUGAGCAGUUCUGCAUCAACUACGCCAACGAGCAGCUCCAGUAUUACUUCAACCAGCACAUUUUCAAGCUAGAGCAGGAGGAGUACCAGAGCGAAGGGAUCUCUUGGCACACCAUCGACUACACAGACAACGUGGGCUGCAUCCACCUGAUCAGCAAGAAGCCCACCGGCCUCUUCUAUCUGCUGGACGAAGAGAGCAACUUUCCGCAUGCCACGAGCCAGACUCUGCUGGCCAAGUUCAAACAGCAGCACGAGGACAACAGGUACUUCCUCGGCACCCCCGUCAUGGAGCCGGCCUUCAUCAUCCAGCACUUUGCAGGGAAGGUGAAAUAUCAGAUCAAGGACUUCCGAGAGAAGAACAUGGACUACAUGAGGCCAGACAUCGUGGCCCUCCUGCGGGGCAGUGACAGCUCGUACGUGCGGGAGCUCAUCGGCAUGGACCCCGUGGCCGUGUUCCGCUGGGCGGUGCUCCGGGCUGCCAUCCAGGCCAUGGCUGUGCUCCGGGAGGCUGGGCGCCUGCGGGCCGAGAGAGCUGAAAAGGCUGCAGCAGGUCUGGACAGCUCUGGUGCCCAAGGUCACCUGGGAGAACUACAGAAAGGAGCCAGCACCCCAUCAGAAAAACUGUACCGCGAUUUGCAUGACCAAAUCAUCCGGAGUAUCAAAGGAUUGCCCUGGCAGGGUGACGACCCCCGUAAGCUUCUCCAGUCCCUCAAUCGGCUCCAGAAACCCCGCACCUUCAUCCCGAAAAAUAAAGGUAUCAAACAAAAGCAGAUCAUUCCAAAGAACCUGCUGGACUCCAAAUCCCUGAAGCUGAUUAUCAGUAUGACCCUGCAUGACCGCACCACCAAGUCUCUGCUACACCUGCACAAGAAGAAGAAGCCGCCCAGCAUCAGUGCCCAGUUCCAGACUUCCCUGAAUAAGCUCCUGGAGGCACUGGGGAAGGCAGAGCCCUUCUUCAUCCGCUGCAUUCGCUCCAACGCUGAGAAGAAAGAGCUGUGUUUCGAUGAUGAGCUGGUGCUGCAGCAGCUGCGCUACACAGGCAUGCUGGAGACUGUGCGGAUUCGGAGGUCAGGCUACAGCGCCAAGUACACGUUCCAGGAUUUCACGGAGCAGUUCCAGGUGCUUCUCCCGAAGAAUGCCCAGCCAUGCAGGGAGGUCAUCUCUGCCCUGCUGGAGAAGAUGGACAUAGACAAGAGGUGCUACCAGAUCGGCAAGACCAAGGUCUUUCUGAAGGAGACGGAGCGGCAGGCCCUGCAGGAGACCCUGCACCGGGAGGUCGUGCGGAAGAUCCUGCUGCUGCAGAGCUGGUUCCGGAUGGUGCUGGAGCGCAGGCACUUCCUGCAGACGCGGCGGGCGGCCAUCACGAUCCAGGCCUGCUGGCGGUCCUACCGCGUCCGCCGGGCACUGGAGAGGACGCAGGCGGCCGUGUUCCUCCAGGCCGCAUGGAGGGGCUACCGGCAGCGGGCAGCCUACCGGCGCCAGAGACAGAGCAUCAUCCGCCUCCAGAGUCUCUGCCGGGGGCACCUGCAGCGCAAGAGCUUCAGCCAGAUGGUGGAGGAGAAGCAGAAAGCUGAAGAGAAGGAGAGGGAAGCCGAGCAAGCUGCGAAGGAGGAAACCGCCGAGGCCGGGCUGGCCCAGGCAGCUGGCCCAGAACCUGAGCGGGGCCUAGAACCCUCCACGGAGGGCGAGCCUUUGGACCUGGAGCCCGAGGUAUGGCCCAACGACGGGGCUCCCCCAGCCGAGAGCUGCCAACGUGAGAAGGAGGUCCCGAGCGUGGAGAAGGCGCCCCCAACCCAGAAACACGCGGGUGAAGGGCGCGAGAAAGUGCCCCGCAGCCGAGAGAAGCGUGAGUCACGGCGACAGCGGGGGCUGGAGCACGUAAAGCUCCAGAACAAGCACAUCCAGUCCUGCAAGGACGAGCACACCCUCAGAGAACUUUCUGGAAAGGCUGUCCCGGAGUCAGAGGAGAGCCUCCCGGAAGACACAAAGGAGGGCAGGGAAGAUGAAAGCCCUUCGGAUGCCAGGACUGAGAUGGAGAUGGCAGCCCCCAAGAAGCAGCCUCAGGUGCCCCCACAGGCCCCGCCGAGCAGCCCGGACUCGGGAGAAGCCCAGGCCGGGAGCCCCAGGCCCAGCCACGAGGAACGACCCACCAGCCUGGCCCUGGACACCAGGGUCGCCGUGCUGGGUCCCAGUGCCACCCCGGAGACCCCCAAGGACAAGAGCAAGCCAGGGGUCAGCCCCAGGGCCCAGGACAGGCCUGACAGUCCUGGAGGCUCCACACAGAUUCAGCGGUACCGGGACCCUGACACUGAGCGGCUGGCCAACGCCGUGGAGCUGUGGCGGGGCAAAAAGCUGAUGACCACAGGCAGCAACACCAUGCUGAGUCAGUCCCUGGACCUCAGCGAGCGGCACCGGGCCGUGGGGGCCACCCUCACACCCACAGAGGAGAGGCGCGUCUCCUUUUCCGCGAGUGACGUCUCCAAGCUCCUCCUGUCCCCAUCCCAGACCAAGACUCAGCCUUCUGCAGAAACAGAUGGGGAGCCCAGCACGAAGAAGCUGACCAUCCAGAAAAAGAAGUCAGCCGACGCAGCCUCAGGGACGGACGCCAGCCUGUCCCCAGGCUCUGCCGAGUCUAAAUCCGCGUUUAAGAGACUUUUCCUUCACAAGAACAAGGAUAAGAAAUUCAGCCCGGAGGGUGGAGAAGAGACAGAGGGCGCCGUCCCCGGGCAAGCCAUCCUGGAAGCCGCCACCACAAAGAAGAAUGUAGAAGGUGAGAAGCACCCCAAGGAGCCAGGAGGCAAAGGGAAGAAGAACCGAAACCUCAAGAUUGGCAAAAUCACGGUGUCAGAGAAGUGGCGAGAGUCCGUGUUCCGCCAGAUCACCAACGCCAAUGAGCUCAAGUACCUGGAUGAAUUCCUGCUCAACAAGGUGAAUGACCUGCGUUCCCAGAAGACUGCCAUUGAAAGCUUAUUCAUCGAAGCCACCGAGAAGUUCCGGAGCCACCUCAAGACCAUGUACUCCUUGCCCAACGGGGAGAUCCACGUGGGCUACAAGGACCUCACGGAGAACUACCAGAUCGUCGUGAACAACCUGGCAGCCGAGCGCGGCGAGAAGGACACCAACCUGGUCCUCAACCUCUUCCAGUCACUGCUGGACGAGUUCACCCGUGGGUACACCAAGAACGACUUCGAGCCUCCCAAGCAGAGCAAAGCUCAGAAGAAAAAGCGGAAGCAGGAACGCGCUGUCCUGCAGCACAAUGGACACGUGUUCGUCAGCUACCAAGUGAGCAUCCCCCAGUCCUGUGAGCAGUGCCUCUCCUACAUCUGGCUCAUGGACAAGGCCCUGCUCUGCAGCGUGUGCAAAACCACCUGCCACAAGAAGUGUGUGCACAAGAUUCAGACCUGCUCCAUCAUGUGCUGGAAGAAGACUGAACCAGGCGCUGAGUCGGGCCACUUUGGCGUGUGCGUGGACAGCCUGACCAGCGACAAGGUCUCAGUGCCCAUCGUGCUGGAGAAGCUUUUGGAACACGUGGAGAUGCACGGCUUGUACACCGAGGGCCUCUACCGCAAGUCGGGUGCCGCCAACCGCACGAGGGAGCUCCGGCAGGCGCUGCAGACAGACCCCAUGGCAGUCAAACUGGAGAACUUCCCCAUCCACGCCAUCACCGGGGUGCUCAAGCAGUGGCUGCGGGAGCUGCCCGAGCCCCUCAUGACCUUCGCCCAGUAUGGUGAUUUCCUCCAUGCCGUCGAGCUCCCAGAGAAGCAGGAGCAGCUGGCUGCCAUCUAUGCUGUCCUGGAGCACCUGCCAGAAGCCAACCACAACUCCCUGGAGCGGCUCAUCUUCCACUUGGUCAAGGUGGCCCUGCUCGAGGAUGUGAACCGCAUGUCACCCAGCGCGCUGGCCAUCAUCUUCGCGCCCUGCCUCCUGCGAUGCCCCGACAACUCAGACCCCCUGGUCAGCAUGAAGGAUGUCCUCAAAAUCACCACGUGCGUGGAGAUGCUGAUCAAAGAACAGAUGAGGAAGUACAAAGUGAAGAUGGAGGAGAUCAACCAGCUGGAGGCUGCUGAGAGCAUGGCCGUUCGAAGGCUUUCUCUGCUGCGCCAGAAUGCUCCAUGGCCUCUCAAACUGGGGUUUUCGUCUCCCUAUGAGGGGGUCCUGAUUAAGAACCCCAAGGCCCGGGGGAGCAGCAGCAGUGGCCCGGAGGAGCUGGGGGUGCUGCCGGAGGAGGAAGCAGCCGGCGGCGAUGAGGACCGGGAGAAGGAGAUCCUAAUCGAGCGGAUCCAGUCCAUCAAAGAGGAGAAGGAGGACAUCACGUAUCGGCUGCCAGAGCUGGACCCUCGGGGCUCCGACGAGGAGAACUUGGACUCAGAGACAUCGGCCAGCACCGAGAGCCUGUUGGAAGAGCGGGCUGGGAGGGGGGCCUCGGAAGGUCAGUAUUAAGGGCCCCCCGCGCCUGCUCUCCCCUGCCCCGGCGCGCCCACCCCGAGCCCCCUCCCUGAGGCAGCCGCCCCUCCUCGACGAAGGCCGUCGUCCUUCAUGACGGUCAGAGUGAAGACCCCCCGGCGGACCCCGAUCAUGCCCACGGCCAACAUCAAGCUUCCGCCUGGCCUGCCCUCCUAUCUCCCUGGCCGAGUGCCUGGUACCCAGGAAGCUGCCACCACAGUGAGGCGCCGAGAGCCACCGGCCCGCCGCCCAGACCAGGUACACUCCGUGUAUAUCACGCCAGGCACUCACCUGCCCACUCAGGGCCCUCAGGAGCCCCUGGACAAGGAUGACCGGCCGCCUGGGGCCAAGCGGAGGUAUUCGGAUCCCCCAACCUACUGCCUGCCCUCUUCCUCGGGCCAGGCCAAUGGCUGAGGGCCCUCAGCUGCCAGCAUCCACACGUCCGAGGAUGGCCCAGUCCCCGAGCUGGGCACCAGAGCUCCAGAGCCAGCAUUCAGCGAUCUGAGAAAGAUCAAGAGUGGAAAGCUCCAAGAGUGAUGUGAGGUGGGCACUGGCUCCAAGUGAGUUUAGGCGGGGAGAGGCCGGCUGAGGCCUAGCCACCCUUGCUGAGCCCCCACGUCACACGGAGGCGCCCGAUCAGAGCACCGAAUCAUGGCGGGCGGCCCGGCAUCUCCCAGCUCCCCUUUUGUACGUUUUCAAGGUCACUGUUUCUUUGUGCAUGGUUUACAUAAGUUUAAACUGUAACAGCCUUAACAGAAGACCAAAUUGUUUUUAUAUGUAUAUGUACAAACUUUUAUAUUAACGCCCUGCAUCUCCCUUAUAACCUGGAUGUGAGUCUUCAGAGCAAGCCCACACAGCCGCCAAGCUUCGGAGGCUCAGACCCACGCUGAGGGGGCCAAGGGCUAGGACUCUGCAUGAGGGGUUUGGACACUUGUGGCCCCUGACUGCCCCGUACUGUGUCCCGGCCAGUGGCUAUCUGGCCCAUUCAAGGGAACAGUGGAGCAUUCCGUGGUGAUCAAGACUGUUGGCUAGAGCCAGGACACAGGGUGGUAGGCAGCCUCCACCCCAGGCGCCACAGACCUCACAUUAUUCCAGGGAUACUCGAAUGUGGCCAUCACUCCUCGGUCUGUUGUGCCGCGGACAGAGAAGACCACCUUGGCACUGCCCACCGCAUGUGGCAGAACAGGAGCCCACAACUCAGGACCGUUCACGGGUGGGGAGGGCAAGGCCUGGGCUUGUAUGUCUCUGCAAAUCUACAGUGACAGUCUGGGCAUCUGCACAGAGGGGGAUUCCCCUCUUAGGCUCAGCCCACUCUCCCAACACCUGGACCCACGGUGCCAGGUCUGGGACAAGAGACACCCACAGGCCAUGUGAAAUAAAGAAAAAGUGCCUAA